UGUUUGACUGAACUUCGAAUGCCUUGAGUGUAAAGAUCAGUGAUCACAUGCUACAAGUGGAGUCUUCCUUCAAUUUUUAUCCCUACUCAGUCCACUGGGUUGAAAGCAGUGUUUAAUAUUUGCAGCAUGUCGUUGGGUUUUAUUCUGGAAGAGCAAUUCAUCCCCUUUUACUUCCGAUUUUAAUCAGGAGAAUAUCUUUUCGGGGUCACCAUCGACAUUCACCGCUUUGCUGUCUUUCUUUAGGGGACAAACAGCUGUUAUUAAAGAGGCACUGGGACCUCCAUCCAAACCUGGGUUCUAACUGCAGCAAUAGAGGGAGCGGUCUGCGAAGCAUCAUGGCGGGUAAAUCUUCUGAAGCUCCGAAACAUUCAAAUCGAUUGUCAUUAGAACGGUCACCUUACCUUCGACAGCAUGCAAACAAUCCAGUCCAGUGGUUUCCUUGGGGUGAUGAAGCUAUUGAGCUGGCGCGGAGAGAGGGAAAACUAAUAUUCUUGUCGGUUGGCUAUUCUACUUGUCAUUGGUGCCAUGUAAUGGAACGAGAAAGUUUCGAAAAUGAAAAUAUUGCAAAAGUAAUGAAUGAACACUAUAUUAACAUAAAGGUUGACCGGGAAGAGCGUCCUGAUAUAGAUAAAGUGUACAUGGCAUUUGUGCAGGCAUCUUGUGGAGGUGGAGGAUGGCCCAUGAGUGUGUUCUUGACUCCUGAUCUCACACCAGUUCUUGGUGGUACUUACUAUCCUCCAGAGGACAUGCAUGGGCGCCCAGGAUUCAAAUCAGUGCUUUUGAGUGUUGCCAAAUCUUGGAAAGACAACAGACAGAAGUGUAACAACACAGGAAAUAGGAUUAUGGAAAUUCUUAGGCAAACAACUGUGCUAGAAAUACCGAUUGCUGCUCAACUAAUUACCGGGGUUCCACCACUGGAAGAGUGUGCACCACAAUGCUAUGAGAAAUUGGUCCAAAUUUUUGAGUCUCGAUUUGGAGGAUUUGGUCAUGCGCCCAAAUUUCCACAGCCCUCAAUAUUCACAUUCCUAUUUUAUUUUUACUCUCGGGAUCCCUCAUCUGUGAAAGGAAAGAAAGCUCUUGAUAUGUGUCUGUACUCAUUGAGAAUGAUGGCUCGUGGUGGAAUACAUGAUCAUAUUGGACAGGGCUUUGCCAGGUAUUCUACCGACACCAAAUGGCAUGUGCCCCAUUUUGAAAAAAUGCUCUAUGAUCAAGGACAGUUGGCUGUAGCCUACUGUGAUGCCUUUUUGGCUACAAACAAUAAUAUUUAUGCAGAUGUUGUUCGUGGUAUUCUUAGUUAUGUUGAACGAGAUUUAAGUGAUGAGUCUGGAGGGUUCUACAGUGCGGAAGACGCUGACUCGCUGCCCACACACAGCUCGACAGAGAAGAAGGAGGGUGCCUUCUACGUGUGGACCUACGACGAGGUGCAUGACAUUCUGAACACACCGAUUGAAGGUUGCCCAGCCGGCAGCGGCGGCAAGGAGAUCACAAACGGGGACAUCUUCUGCUUCCACUACAAUGUCAAACCGGGAGGCAACGUGAAUCCGAGUUCGGACCCUCACGGCGAGCUGGUGAAUCAAAACGUGCUCAUCAUGUUCGGCAGUGAGGAGCAAUCGGCUCAGCACUUCUUGCUACCCAAAGAGAAGAUCCAGGAAAUCCUGCAGGAGAGCCGCGAGAAGCUGUUCGAGGUGAGGGGCCGGCGGCCGCGGCCUCACCUGGACGACAAGAUGCUGACGUCGUGGAACGCUCUGAUGAUCAGCGGCUUCGCCAAGGCGGCCCAGGCCCUGGGCGACGACAAGUACGCCGAGAGGGCCGUGAAGGCGGCGUGCUUCGUCAAGAAGCACCUGUACGACGCGGUGAGCAACCGGCUGCUGCGGAGCUGCUACCGCGGCGACAACGGCGGCGUCAUCCAGACCACCAGCCCCAUCCCGGGCUUCCUGGACGACUACGCCUUCCUGGUCCAGGCGCUGCUCGACCUGUACGAGGCCACCUUCGACACCAACUGGCUGGAGUGGGCCGUGCAGCUGCAGGAGGUGCAGGACGAGCUGUUCUGGGACGAGGGCAGCGCGGCGUACUUCACCAGCCCCAACACUGACCAGACCGUCAUCAUGCGCAUGAAGGAAGACCAGGACGGCGCCGAGCCCAGCGGCAACACGGUGUCCACCUGGAACUUGCUGCGGCUGUCCGCGCUGCUGGAGCAGCCGGCACACCGCGAGCGCGCCGAGCGCCUGCUGGCCAUCUUCACCUCCAGGCUGACCAGCCUGCCGCACGCCCUGCCGGGGCUGGCCGCCGCGCUCAUGCUGUACCACGACUCGCACACGCAGGUGUUCGUGACCGGGCAGAAGUCGGACCCCGACACGGAGGCCCUGGUGGCCACGGCGCGCAGGCGGCUGCUGCCCGGCCGGGUGCUGGCGCUGGCCGACGGCAACCUGGAGUCCGUGCUGUACCGCAAGUCCGAGGUGUUCCGGCGGCUAAGGCCCCAGGGCGGGCGCGCCGCCGCCUACGUGUGCAAGCACCACGCCUGCUCGCUGCCCGUCACCAGCCCCGAGGACCUGGACAAGCUGCUGCAGCCCAAGUAGACAGCACUCGGCAGUCCCAACACACAAACAAAAUAAAAUCAUUCUCACCGCGUCGCGCCGUCGACGUUGUUUUUACAAUUUUUCAUUUUUUUGUGCCUCACGGCCGCUGUGUCGAAGCUCAAAGCAUUUUGCGACGGCUCUGUAGGUAGCGCCGCCAUUAUAGAUUUCAUGAGGCGAAAUGAGGCGCUGCUUUGUUCGCGAUUCUUUUCGUUUGUAUACGAUGACGUUGUUGUUUUGAACUUCAUUUUUGACGCUUUAGCGCAGACGUUUUCGCGUGUGUGGCUUGUGUGGAAUGUGAUGGUCGUAUGUGCUGGGGUGGAUCGCCGCAGUUGGUAUUUUUUUACUUUGAGAGAUUUACUCAUCGAAUGGGGUUCAAUGGCUGUGCUCUACCACACUGCGGGGGUUCGUCAAUUUUUAAUGUUGUGUGUAUUUUAAGGUUUACAUACCUUAUUUUCCGCUUAAGCGAAUUGCGCUGUUAGCUAGUUUAUGUCAAGUGCCAAACCGGCACGGAAAGUAAAAUUGAAUUUCGUUAUGCACGUUGGAACCAUGCGGGUAGCUCUCUUUUCCAGCCGAACAAAGAAUAAUGAAAUGUAUUUACUGUAAUUGUUGUCGUGACUUUGAUGUGAUAGUAAAAUUAAUGUAGACGUCGUGCCUUUAAUGAUAUUUGCAUCGCAGUGUUCUCACCGAGCUAGAUGAAUAGCCCCUGCUUUGUAUAACAACACUAAAAAAGGAAUAAACCAUGGUGUAACUUGAA